AUGGGUGGUGGUAAGUGCCAAAAUGCAAUUGGGUUAAGGAGUGUUAAGAAAAUGAAUUCAACAUUACUUGGAAGUGGAAUGGAGAAGGACAAAGGGCAGUAUGAUGGCUUUUAUAUUGAUCUGCGGAUGUGUCAUAAACUGAGGAAGCUUGAGGACAACAACGAAGUAAAGCUGGGCACAGUGCGUUCUGUAUUUAAUGUGGAUCGCAGUGAAUUUCUAGCAGGGGAUAAACUCAGGUACCUCAUGUAUACCUGGUUACCUUUUGGAUAUGUACCAGAUGACAGUGUUAAGGACUUAAUAGUAGACGAGGUGCACAGAUUUGGGUGUUCAAUGCUGGACUUAGGCUUGAAGCCAUUGCCGCUUCUUGUGGAUGUUGGGAUUAGCAUGUUGCAGUUACCUGGUGAGAGUGGAGAUGAGGGGAUUGCCAGGGCUAUGACAGAAAUGGAUGUUUGGAACUGGGUGCCUGCCACUAAAGCAUCUAUUGGAGCAUUAGAGGAAGUGGCUUUUGAUGGUUUGUGGUCGGUUAAGGAAUGUAAGCGGUGCUCAAAGACCCUUGCAGUGGGGAAGCUUGCUUGUAUGCCGUGCUCUCAUGUAUUUCAUCGGGAAUGUAUUUAUGGGUGGCUGGCGGUUAUCCACAUGUGUCCGAUUUGCCGCUAUACCAUGCCCUGCUGA